CAUCAAUCAAACACAUGUAAUCAGUCAUCCAAAGCCAGUAUCAGCGAUACCGUCCCAUCUUCUCUCUUAUUAUCCCCCCAAAAUGACUUCUCCUCCACCACUCGCCAAAGAUUCUCCCAUCAUCAUCAUCGGAGCUGGCAUCUUUGGUCUAAGCACCUCCCUCCAUCUCGCUCAACGAGGAUACUCCAACAUUACAGUCUUUGAUAAACAGCCGUAUCACAAGACUCUAUACUCUUACGAUGCUGGCUGCGACUCUGCGUCUUUUGACAUCAAUAAAAUCAUUCGCUCAGCUUAUGGCUCUCAGACCGAAUACCAAGAUCUCAGCACCGAAGCCCUCUCUGCUUGGGCAGCUUGGAACGAAGAACUCAAGAGCAGCAGUGAAGAUGAUACACUUCUCCCUCCUGGAAUGACUUCAAGUGACAUCUUCUUCAUCCAAAACGGCCAUCUUACCUGUAGCGAUGCCGAUACACUGCCGGAAUUUGAACGAGCUACCGUUGAAAACAUGGAAUUAGCCGGUCAUCACGGCACGCAGCUCAUAAACAACGAACAACGGGAUAUCAAGCUCGCCUCCCAACAGGGCUUCACAUCUGCUCUCCAGCCCUUUGAUAAGCAUGUUCUCGGCGUCUUGGACACCACCGGCGGCUUCGUCCUUGCCGAUAAAGCCUGUCGUUUUGCUCUCUAUAAGGCGAAGAGGCUCGGCGUUCGUUUCAUUCUCGGCGCCGAAUCAGGACGACUUACUUCCUUUAUACACCGCUCAUCUGUCUCACCCUCUACCAACAGCAUCAUUACCGGCAUCGUCACAGCAGAUGGUAAAUCCCAUUCAGCAGCCCUCACCAUUCUCUGCUGCGGUGGCUGGACUCCUUCACUGCUGCCAUCUCUCGAUUCUCUCUGCGAAACGACUGCAGGUUCUGUUUUUAUGCUUCACAUACCAGAAGCAUCUCCUCUCCGCAAACGCUUCCAUCACUCCCGCUUCCCUUCUUGGUCAUUUAAUAUGCGCGAUCAUGGCGCAGAUGGCGGCCUUUACGGCUUCCCUGUUGACCAAAACGGCGUGCUCAAGAUUGGAUAUCGUGGAACAAAAUACACAAAUCCCCAAGUACAGUCCGAUGGCCGAGAACGCAGCGUGCCAGUGACCAAAUGGAGUAGCAACGACGCAAUCACGCAAGUUCCACAGCAGGCUCACCAAGUCGUCACCAAGUUCUUGGAAGAAUAUCUCCCCGAACUGGGAAAUUCUGGCAUCUACAUCGCAGAGACUAGGUUGUGCUGGUAUACCGACUCUUUCGAUAACCACUACGUUAUCGACCGCGUUCCCAGGCAUGAGGGCCUCAUGUGCGCCACAGGGGGCAGCGGACAUGCGUUCAAGUUCCUCCCCAGUAUAGGCAAUUGGGUUGUAGAUGUGAUAGAAGGGGUUGGCUUGGAUCGACCAGCUAUUAAAGCGUGGAGAUGGAGAAUAUUGCAAGAGGGCGAAGAGCCUGUUAAUAAAUUGAUGGAGGGCAGUCAGGGUCCGAGAUCGUUGUGGAAUGUUCCAUUAGUAUCUGUCUGA